UCUCAUCUAAAUACACCUGCUUGCGCUGCCUUUUCAUCAGCAGCAAACAGGAGCCAGUUUCUCUCUCCCUUGAAUUUCUCUCUCUAUCAGAGAGCCAUCCUCAGAAGCUUCUUGCAGAAUCCUAGAUUUGAAUUGCGACUGUAUUGUCAGAUUUCCAGGGGUGGCCAUGGUACUCAUUUCACAGACGGGUUCAUCAUACUGCAUCCGUACUGAGCUAUUUCGGUAUAAAUCUGGACAAAAUGUGGUUUUCAGUAGGGCAAACAAUAUAGAGGCGUCCAAGUUGAAGGAAAAUUCCAUUGGCUUCUCUUCUGUAUCAUAUUCUUCUUCUAGGAAGACACAGAUUUUGCAUAUAGACAAUGCACGAGUAGGACAGAAACGAGGGCAUAGUGUGAUAGUUGCUGCCAGUCCUCCAACAGAAGAUGCAGUAAUUGCUACUGAGCCACUAACGAAAGAGGAUCUUGUAGCGUAUCUUGCCUCUGGAUGCAAGUCUAAGGAAAAAUGGAGAAUUGGCACAGAGCACGAGAAAUUUGGUUUUGAGCUAAAGACCUUACGCCCUAUAAAAUAUGAACAAAUAGCCGAGUUGCUUAAUGUUAUUUCUGAGAGAUUUGAUUGGGAAAAAGUUAUGGAAGGCGACAAAAUUAUUGGACUCAAACAGGGUAAGCAAAGCAUAUCACUGGAGCCUGGAGGUCAAUUUGAACUUAGUGGUGCACCUCUUGCGACACUGCAUCAAACUUGUGCUGAAGUCAAUUCACACCUUUAUCAGGUCAAAGCAAUUACAGAGGAAAUGGGAAUCGGAUUUCUUGGAAUCGGUUUUCAGCCCAAAUGGGGACUUAAGGACAUACCUAUUAUGCCCAAGGGAAGAUAUGAUAUUAUGAGAAAUUACAUGCCAACAGUUGGCACCCUUGGACUUGAUAUGAUGUUCAGAACUUGCACUGUACAGGUUAAUCUGGACUUCAGUUCUGAAGCAGACAUGAUAAGGAAAUUUCGUGCUGGUCUUGCCUUGCAGCCUAUAGCAACAGCUCUAUUCGCAAAUUCACCUUUCACUGAAGGAAAGCCAAAUGGUUUUCUAAGCAUGAGAAGCCAAAUUUGGACUGAUAUGGACAAUAAUCGCACUGGCAUGCUUCCUUUUGUUUUUGAUGACUCUUUUGGGUUUGAGCAGUAUGUAGAUUAUGCUCUUGAUGUUCCCAUGUACUUUGUUUAUCGGAACAAGAAGUAUAUCGAUUGCACUGGAAUGACCUUCCGGGACUUUUUGGUAGGGAAGCUUCCUUGCAUUCCGGGUGAAUUGCCAACCCUGAACGAUUGGGAGAAUCAUUUGACAACUAUAUUCCCUGAGGUCAGGCUAAAAAGAUACUUGGAGAUGAGGGGUGCUGAUGGAGGGCCUUGGAGGAGAUUAUGUGCUUUGCCCGCAUUUUGGCUUCUGCAGGUUACGCUAUUAACUACUAAUAGCCAGCAACAUAAGCUGAUAGUGAUUUGUCUCAAACUUCAGGUAGGUAUUUUGUACGACGAGGUUUCCUUACAAAACGUGUUAGACCUUACAGCUGAUUGGACCCCUGAAGAAAGACAGAUGCUGAGAAAUAAGGUCCCCAUAACUGGUCUAAAGACGCCAUUUCGGGAUGGAUUGCUCAAGCAUGUAGCUCAAGAUGUUGUAAAGUUGGCAAGGGAUGGCCUAGAAAGACGAGGCUUCAAAGAAACAGGAUUCUUGAAUGAGGUGGCGGAGGUGGUUAGAACUGGUGUAACACCAGCUGAGAAGCUUUUGGAAUUGUACAAUGGGAAAUGGGGACAACAGAUAGACCCUGUUUUCGAGGAGCUACUCUACUGAGGCACGAGGCGGCUUCAGCGGCGUCAUUUUGUGUGUAAACCUUUUCAAAUUUUCGGGUGUAAUCCUAUUUUCCAUUUUAGCUGCUUUCAGUUUGUGCCUUUUACAGAGGAAUAAUUUGUGAUGUAAAUCUUAGGCAUGGAGUUCAGCGUUUACUUUGGACCGAACAUAGUCAAAUCAUUGUUCCGGUUUAGUCUUGGAAGGUUAAAAUAAUUCAAACUUGUUGAGAUGAAUCCAUUUGAACAACCUAAUGAUAUUUUGUGGGAGAGAAUGAACACGAGUUCAUCUUUGUUUCAUCCCACUUGAAUAGA